AUACGGCUUUGUCCCGAAUCGUGCACUGAGGUCUGACACAGCGAACUAAGUGGCUGAGGGACUUGAUCAAGGUGCAGCUGGACGUUUUCAUGUUUUAUGGUAUAUUUUGUUAUUGUAUAAAUGGGAUGCACUAUUGACGUGCUACAUUCUGUGUCUUCCAUGCACAAUUUUAUGGAUAAAAAUAUAUUGUGGGAAUCAAAAAGGACAAAUAUUGUUUAAACUUUUCCAACUCUCCACACAAAAUCUACUAAAAUCUUGCAAGAUCAAGCCUUAUUUGGAAACAUGAGUGUGAAUAAUUAAUUAUCACUCUCCCGUCAAUCAAAGUGAUCGAUAGCGCUUCCGGGCACAGACCUGGACAGUCGGGUUGUGUCCCAUUCCGUGCCUGAACGGUUUGAGGCACGACAUGGUGCACCUUCUGCGCAACUCCGGAAAUAAGGUCCCUCACCAUAUGGGAGGUGGGACUUACACAAAUUAGCUAGUUUUGUAAGCCCUGAUUGGGUCGUGAGAGAACCCGUGCUUACCUGAUUGGUUAGUUAGAGUUGCCAAUUGUUUACCCAAGUUAACUUGUACUUUGUGAGAGUCAUAAGUCUGUGCCAGUGGGACUUCAGUUUGACGUGUCAUCAAUCACUAGGCACACGGGUAAGCGUCACACCAGAUAAACAGCUUACUGUAUUGAGCAUGGCGUUAUUGCAAGAACAUCAUCUUCCCGAGCCGCCUCCCUACAUGGAGUACCAGGGAAUAUUGUUCCCAGCAAAUAUUGUUAAAGAGGAAAGCCUGGAAGCGAUGAAGACGUUUGAGAUACGUGACGAUGAUGUGGUGAUAGUGAGCCAUCCUAAAAGCGGUACCAACUGGAUGUUCGAAGUGGUGCAUAAGAUUCUUGGUGGAAAGAAGGAAAAGUCAACACCAACAUUAGCAGGACUUGAGUUUUGGAUCCAAGGAGAGAGAGAACCUGAUUACAUCCAGCUGCGUGAGACUCCAUCUCCUCGGCUGAUGUAUACUCAUCUCCAACCCAAAAUGGCACCUCCAGGAUUGGCAGCUCCAGUCAACAAGGUUAAAGCCAUUGUCGUCCUGCGAAACCCAAAAGAUAUCUGUGUGUCAUUCUACUACUUCAGCCAGAAAAGUGACCAUCUAAAGACCCCAGGAUCUUGGGAGCAGUAUUUUAAGGACUUCUUGGAUGGAAACAAGCUCUAUGGUGACUACUUUGAUCACGUGUUGGGCUGGUGGCAAAUGAAGGAUGACCCCCACUUCCUCUUUGUCAAGUACGAAGAUAUGAAAAAGGAUUUUCGCUCGUCAGUGAAGACUAUAGCAGCCUUCCUGGAGAAAGAACUGACCGAUGAACAUCUGGCCAGUGUCCUGAACAGCUGCAGCUUGGAGUCAAUGAGGAAGACAUUAGCAGAGUCUGAUACGCGAAGAAAGAACAUUGUCAGGAAUGGUACGGUCGGAGAUUGGAAGAACCACUUCUCGGCCGAGGAGAGCGCCAGGUUUGACCAGAAGUACCGUGAGCGGAUGGCGGGAACAGGGCUGGAGUUGGACUUUGAUCAGCGUAGUGGCCAAAAUAGCCUGUAACUUUACUUAGUCUUAGAACUAGGAUAUCUACUUCCAUAAAGCAAAGCAUUGCUCAAAUAUUUACAUAAUGCAUGUUUUAAUUGCGUUUCAUGGUAAUUCAAAAUGACGAACUAUGAGAUCUGAAAAUAUGUCGUUUGCUCAGUAUCACCAUUGUCUGAUAAAAAAACAUAAUCGCAUUUCGACUAUUGCAGGGAUUUAUCUAACAUAUUCGGAUUUUGACUGAAAUUUUGAAGAAAACUACACAGUUAAUGUUAUCAUUAAGAACUUUCUGCUGCUUAUCUCAUGUCUUUUAUGAUUAAAAUAUUAGUACCUCGAUAGUUACCAAACUACUCCAGUUGCGUAUGACCUUUGCCCUAAUGUAUUAUAACUGUGUCGGGUGUUUUCAUUUAGCACGUUGUAUCAUGAUUUAAAUGUUCAUAUUCUUAAUGAAGCCAGCAAUUUUGUAAAUCAUAAUCUUUUGUCGUCUUUUGUGUAUCCUUUAAAGAAAACCGUUUGCCUUGCAAUACGAAGCAUUCUGGUUGGGAAGCAAACAGAAAAUCACUGUCUAGUACUUUUUGUCUGACUUACAACCCCAACGACGAUUUUGAUUUGAAUACUAGUAUACGUUAUUCAUAUUGCACAACAUAACACACGUCUACGGUGCAAAGUGUACAUGUCUACAGAAUCAACAAGAGCUCGAAGACCUCAUACCUGUAUGAAAUAUUUAGAGACAUUGUAGCUUUAUUGUUUCAUUUUGUCUCUUUGAUUAUGUAGAUUAUGUACUUAGGCUGUAAGUAGCAUAUCAAAUUUCAUUGAUGAUGUCGUUUGGCAAAAGUCUAUGUCAACAUUCUGUCAUAAAUGAUGCAAAUUACUUGCAUCGUAGCGUAUACUUGCAAUAAAGUACGUUUCACAGGUACACAAUGCCCAACAUGUA